GUAUAACUGUAUUAAGAUCCCUUAGACCGUAAGGAAACUGAGAAUCCAGUUGUAACCUCAGUCUCGUCUUCUUGUUGGAACCUUUACAAAUUCUCAUCAUCAUUUCGCAGUAAACGUGAGUUUGAAUAGCUUGACCAAUUCCCUGCAACCACGCUCUGACCGAGGCUAGAUUUUCGGAUGGAUUCCUUCUUUAACCGAGGGUUCAAAGCUUCCAAAUGUAAAACUCUACUGAAGCUGACAAUUCCUAGGAUAAAGCUGUUGAGAAACCGUAGAGAGGUUCAACUGAAACAAAUGAGGAAAGAAAUCGCCAAGCUUCUGGAAACUGGUCAGGAAGCCACAGCUCGGAUUCGGGUGGAGCAUAUUAUUAGAGAAGAGAAAAUGGUUGCUGCACAGGAGAUAAUUGAGCUGUUUUGUGAACUCGUAGCUGUUCGGCUUCCAAUAAUUGAGGCACAAAGGGAAUGUCCUCUGGAUCUGAAAGAAUCGAUUUCCAGUAUAUGUUUCGCUGCACCAAGAUGUGCUGAUCUCCCAGAACUGCUACAGGUUCAAAUGGCAUUUGCUGGUAAAUAUGGAAAAGAAUUUGUUGCUGCUGCCACAGAGUUAAGGCCCGAAUGUGGUGUCAACCGACAGUUGAUAGACCAGCUAUCUAUUCGUGCUCCUGCUCCUGAAUUGAAACUGAAGGUUCUGAAAGAAAUUGCUGAAGAGCAUGGACUAGAGUGGGACCCAAGUGGGACCGAAUCUGAAUUGUUGAAGCCGCAUGAAGACUUGCUUCAUGGACCAACCCAAUUUAUGAGCGGGUCUAAGCUGCCUCUUCCUGAAGAGAAACAUACUGAUGAACCGCAAAUGCAAUCUGCUUCUGGAUUCAUGGACAAACGCUCUGAUUCUGAUAUUGACGAUGAGGAUUAUGACAUAUUAGAUUUACCAGAAGUCCCUAGACAACAGCCAAAUACAACAGCUUCCAUCUCAACCCCAGAAAUGCUUCCCUUUCCCGCCUCUGCAUUAUCUGAUUUUGACCAGAAAGCAGAAAACUUGCCUUCACCACCAGAUGUGGAGGAGCAUGAGGAAGUCAUCCCACCACAAAGGUCUGCUGCCAAGGAGAGCAGAUCAUCUAAUUUCUCACACAUUUCCAAGGAAGAUAAGCCAUCAAUGGCUCCUUCCCAUUCUAUAUAUUUAAAACAAAGUGAAACAUCCAGUGUAGAUUUAGAGGAUGUGUUGGCUGCAGCUCAGGCAGCAGCUGAAACGGCUGAACGUGCGGCGGCAGCUGCUCGGUCAGUGGCUAGCCUUGCCCAGCUCAGAAUUAGUGAGUUUUCAAAGAAAAAGAGUGAUGAUUGCUUUGAACAGCCUCAAUCGGAACAUAAAAGCCCCUGGGAGAGCCAUGAAUGGCAAGAAAAACUUGGAUCUCCUCCAUCUAAUAACAACAAUCAACCUCAGAGAUUGCCGUCGAUGGAUGAUGAGACGUUCUUCUCUUACCCGAACUUGUUUAACUCCAAAACCCCUCAUGGACAGUGAGCCAACCCACUUAGCCACCACCAACCAUCUUCCCUUGGCAUUGGGUUGGUGAAUAGUAUGUAUUUGGCAACUAUAGUACAAUUUGAUUUGAUUUUCCAAGUGAGCUGUGUUUAUGUAAAAGUGCCUCACUUUUUUACAGUUAGAUUUUAUAUCCCCCUACCGAUAUGAAAAUAAGAUCCUUUCUAUUCAACUCUAAGCUUAACUCGAGCUUUGUAUUUUCAUGUUUUAACUUUGAAGUUCAACUUGAUGUGAAAUUUGAUUCUCUAUAUUCAACUCAAUUCUUUCUGUAUAUUCUUGAGUUUGAGUUGGACAUUUAAAGAGCAAAU